AUGUUUAAUGAAGAAGAGGAGGAAGAGGAGGAGGAAUAUGAAAAAAAUGAAGAGAAUAAUAAUUAUCGUUAUCUUCGACGUUUUUGGAGAAUUAAAAGGCAAUUUGAACAACAAAAUUAUAUACAAACAUUUAAUAAUAAUAAUAAUAAUCAAAUACCCUCAAUAUCUGCAAUAAUUAAUUUAAAUGGAGUUCCUCAACAACAAACAUUCCCUCCUCCCCUUCCUUCUUCUCUUUCUCAACAAUUUUUACCAACUUUCCCUCAAUAUCCCCAACAACAAUUUAUUCCACAAUCUCCUUCAGACAGUCAAAGUAUCCAAAUGCAAUUAAGUAAUGAAUCAACAACUGAUAGUAGUAAUAAUUCAUUUAAAAAUAAUAAUGAAUUUGGAAGAAAAAAGAGAAAAAUAAAUAAAAAUCAUCACCAAUUCCAAAAUUCCCCAAUAUUUAAAUCACCACAACAACAACAAUAUCCAUACAUAUUCCCUCCCUUGGCAAAAACAAAAUUAUGUUAGUAAUUUUUAAAUUUAAAUUCAAAAAUAAUUCCUUUAAAGCCAAAUUCGAGAUUUAACAAAAGAAUAUUAAAUGAAAAUAGAUGGAAACAAAGAAUACCAAAAAAUAAUUUAAUAAAUAAAGAAAAUAAACAAAAUUAUCAAAACAAAAUACUCAAC